ACCACAACCACCAGCGAGCCUUGAGCUGCAAACACAGACUUUGAUUCGAGGCAGUCCUCUUUAUCGUUUCAGCAAAACCAAGAUACAAAGCCUGGUACAAAACACCCACACCUCAUCCUCUAUGUGAUUCCUGCGGUUUGCGAAGGCUCAACGUUUGCUGGGAGGCUGUGAAAGAUGGACGGCAUGACGGUCUUUUUAACCAAUUCCAACCAGCACAUUAACAUCGGAAAAGAAAAGCCCAGCAGGAAUGGAUUUGUUUAUGUUAAGAACCCUCACUUGGAUUUAAUGGAGGAAGACAUCCUUUACCACUUAGAUUUAGGAACCAAAACGCACAACCUGCCAGCCAUGUUUGGUGACAUCAAGUUUGUCUGUGUGGGAGGAAGCCCCAACAGAAUGAAAGCUUUUGCUGAGUUCAUGCAGAAAGAACUUGGACACGAAGGAGAGGACAACGACGUGAAAGAUAUUUGUCCUGGGACCGAUCGUUACUCCAUGUAUAAGGUGGGCCCGGUGCUGUCCAUCAGCCAUGGGAUGGGUAUUCCCUCCAUUUCUAUCAUGCUUCAUGAACUAAUCAAAUUGCUGCACCAUGCAAAAUGCUGUGAUGUUACCAUUAUCCGCAUCGGUACCUCAGGAGGAUUAGGGGUUGAGCCUGGUUCUGUGGUAAUAACGGAUGUGGCAGUGGAUUCCUUUUUCAAGCCCCAGUUUGAGCAAGUGAUCUUAGACCGCGUGGUGACACGAAGCACGGAGCUUGACCAAGACUUGGCUUCUGAGUUACUCGAAUGCAGCAGAGGGAUUAAGGACUUCCCAGCACUAAUGGGCCAUACAAUGUGCACGUAUGAUUUUUAUGAGGGCCAAGGACGGUUAGAUGGAGCAUUGUGCUGCUUCUCUAAUGAAAAAAAGCUAGAGUAUUUAAAAAGAGCAUACAAUGCCGGCGUGAGAAACAUAGAAAUGGAAUCCACAGUAUUUGCUGCAAUGUGCAGGCUUUGUGGCCUGAAAGCUGCAGUAGUCUGUGUGACUCUCCUUAAUCGACUUGAAGGAGAUCAGAUCAAAGCCUCCCAUGAAGUUCUAGCUGAGUAUCAGCGACGACCUCAGCAACUGAUUGCGACGUUGAUCAAAAAACGCCUUGAGCUGAUUAAUGACAAGGAAUUAUUAGAUAAUGCAGUAGUCUAAAGUAUUGCAGAAUGUGUGAGCCUGGAACAGCAUAAUAUUCAUGGAUGUGAAUUACGAAUGUUAGGUACAUUUUAACACUGUAGGGUUUUUGUAUGAAGCACAAGAACAGGAAAAGAGUGAAUUGAAAAACAAUUUCACUGAUACUUUGAAUUUAGGAGGAGGAAAAACUAAAUUUAAUUCCAAAUACAUUAUAUACUGGAUUAUGUUUUUUGCCUUCAGAAGAAUUUUCUGCAUUAUUAACUAUGGUACCUAAAAUUAAUAUUAGUUAAGUACCAGCUGAAGGCAAAGAAAGGAAUGAAACCACUAAGUAUUUGAAAGGAGUGGUUUAAAGCCCAACAUGUUUUAUACAAGUGCUCUUCACUGGGGCAGAUCAGUCUGGAACAUUUCAAAUACCUAUCUAUAGGCUGUUUCAACUUGGCUACCCUAAUAUUGAUUUUGGAUCGAAAUUAUUAUAGACUGUUAGCUAAUGGCAUGAGAUCAUUUAGUGGUCAUCACACAAGUCCUGUUCAUUCUACUAAGAUGUUAACUGAAUGUUAACUUCAUGAUACCAUGUCAUUUACUGGACAAUAUAAAUAAUGAUCAUCGAAAAUGCCAGACUUAAUCCUAGCUAAAUCAAUAUGUCAACCCAAGAAUCCCCCUGAGUUGGCAGGGAUUUAAUUGUCAAGAGCACUAUAUCUGUAGGAGAGAGCCAAACUACCUCUUAUUGUAUAUCUCAGGUGACAAUUUGCCACUUGAUUCAAAAAUAGGGCUGCCAUUCCCGUGUAUUAUGGCUCAGCAUAGCUGCAAAAUGAGAUUAGAAUGUGAUUUCCUAACACAGUAGGUAACAUUUUAUUUUAGACACCUGUCAAGCAUUGAUCAAACAGCCUUAAAAUAUUUAAGCAGAAGAUGUCAAUGUAUGGCAAGCUCAAAGCAGCACAGAAAAUGUUCCUUAGUACAUGACGCUAUGAUCCAAGUUGAAGAAGGAACAUCCUGAUGCUGAUUUCUGUAACUAUCAGGUGAUGAGUUUUGUCAUGACAAACCAAGAGAAGGAAGCAGCAAAUCCUGUACAUUAGAGAUGCAGAAGUGUGAUCAGAAACCGCUACUGACAAAUUCUGACUACAUUUGUCUGCUACUCAAAACCCAAGAAAGGAGAAUCAUAAUCCUUUCUAAAUGAAAGAAAGUAUAUGGUGCUUAAAGAAAAGCUGUAUUAAGUUGGAUCUGAGAACUGUCUCAUCUUAUAAUAAUUUUACAAUACAUUUAUAUAAUUCAUUGUUUCAUGUAUCACAAUACUUCUAUUGAAAAUUUCUGUUUAAAAAAUCAGCUAAUUCAUGUGGUAAAAUAACCCAUAAAAGAGAGUGGGGGAAAGAAAGUAUUGUACUAGUGAUUGUGUGUUUAAUAAAUAUUUAAAACAUG